ACACCUUUCACUAAAUCCAACCCUCUCUCUCUUUUACUCUCCCAUCAACCGCUUCCUUAAUUUCUGACUUUCUUCUUCAAUAACAUGACUUCUAAUGCCUCUGCUGCCACCCCUCUUAGAAGACUGGAAGGCAAGGUGGCGAUCAUCACCGGCGGUGCAAGCGGAAUCGGAGCUAGCGCAGUGCGAAUUUUCCAUGAAAAUGGAGCCAAAGUCGUCAUCGCCGAUAUCCAAGAUGAAGUCGGCCAAAAAAUUGCUGACCAACUCGGCGAAGGCGUAAGCUAUAUCCGUUGCGACGUGUCCAAGGAAGAAGACGUCAGCAAUCUAGUGGACGCUGCUGUCUGCCUGCACGGUAAGCUGGAUAUCAUGUACAGCAACGCCGGCGUCAUCGACCGUCCGUUUAGUGGAAUAUUGGACGUUACAAAAUUUGACUUGGACAAGGUAGUAUUUAACUAUUCCUUAAUCCAUAAAUAACAUAAAUGGAGGACAAAAUAAAAUAAAAAGGUUUAUUAAUUUAUUUGACAUAU